AUGGAUUGUAGUUUAUCUCUUAAAACGAAGUGCCUUUAUCAAUUUGACAGCAAAAUCAGCAAAGAAGGAACUUUUUCUUCUCCCAAUUAUCCCAAAAAAUAUUCCGGAAAUAUGGAUUGCUACUACAACUUCAUGGGUCAUGAUUUUGAAACGCUUAAAAUCAUAUUUCACAUUUUUGACCUUGAACCUCCAUACUCCAAAGGGUGUCUUACCGAUUACGUAGAUGUUUCUACAAUAACAGCAUCGGAUGUAAAAGAACUGGUAGGACGAUACUGUGGCAAAAGAAUAGAUAGCCCUCUUUUAUCCAUGCAUCCAAAAGCAGAAAUCAUCUUCCGAUCCAAUCACAUUGUUCACCAUAAAGGUUUUUAUGGCACGUAUGAAUUCAGGGAAGAAAAAUACAUACCACCUCCAGAAAGCACUCCAUCUAUAAAAGGUUGCGGUGGAACAGAAACUGGAGUUGGGGGUACUAUAGUUUCUCCUGGCUAUCCGCAUUCUUUUCCUAAAGACGUAGACUGCGUUUGGUUGAUUCGAGUAGAUUAUAAUAAGCACAUAUAUAUCCGUAUAUUGGAACUUCAGUUAUAUGGAAGUAUAGCUAACUGUGCUGAUGCUGAGCUUUCUAUCUAUGAUGGAUAUUCUAGUUUUACUGUUAAUCCCGAAAUAAUGAAGAAAUUUUGUGGAGAUCUAAAAUAUUACAAAAAUGUUGAAGAGCGAACUCAAAUGUCCAAGCGUAAUAGACUUUUAAUAAGAUUUAAAACAAAAGUAUCAUCUGAUCAAAAAGGAAACUUUGAAAAAGUCAUGGGGUUUAAAUUAAUUUGGACGGCUGUUAGCUUUGAAUUUCUUGAGAAAUGUGAGCAGCACAUCUGCCGAGAUAGCCAUUAUUGCUUAAAUUCAGCAACUACAAUUUGUAAUGUGAUGCCUCAGUAUUGUAUCGAUCAGUCCCUAGUGUGUGACGGUCUACCAAAUUGCAGUGAAGACGACUAUAGUGAUGAAGAAAGAUGCCAUCUACACUUAGUUGCAGGUUGUGGUGGAAUCAUAGCUUUUUUAUUAGCCAUUGCAUGUACAUUUUACUAUAUAUAUCGUAAAAGAAGACAGCGUAAUGAAAGAGAAGCUUUAGCAAUGCAACUUCGUCAACUGGAACACAGUCCAAACACUUUAGUAAGAAGUUCGCAAUACGUAUCCCAAUCCAGCGACUGCAGUAUUCAUGGUCAUCUGGCUGAGUUGUCUGAUGAUUCAUACAAUAUAUGUUACAAGGGAUAUCCAACUGUUGUUUAGAAAAUCAUAAAUAUUUGUCAAAGGGACCAAGAAAGAUAUAGAAAAAGAAAAUAUCAUGCCAACCAUUUCUAAAACCAAGCUUUUUAAUCUGAAUUUUCUGAAAAACUUUUUUUCACAAAAUGGUUGAUUGUUCCAAAUAUUUUAUACUACUCUAUAGGUCAGAAUAUCUUAUUAUAGAGGCAUUUGGAAAUUUUCCAAAUAGAAAUAUUUUAUACGACAUACAAUUAUUUUCAACAAUAUAAAAGCGCACUGCCAGUCUCUCCUUUGAUGAAUAAGAGAUUAUUUGAUAAUUACUUAACCCUCUUUAGAAGAAUUUUUAAUUCAUGGUCAACAUCACAAAUACUAGUACUGAGAUAAUAUAUUUAUACUUAGUCCAUUAAUGCCAAAACCACAUCUUACCAAUGAUAUUUUACUUGCUUAAUCUAACAGUAUAUGCUAUUGGGUUAUCUAGGAAAAUGGCUAAAAUAUCGGGCAAAACGAUUUUUUGUUUAAUCCCUUAAUAGGUAAAGCUAUUCCAGUGUUGGAAAAAAUAAGCAUAUUUUGUAAAUUUCUUUCAGCAAGACAGUAAAAUAAAUCUUAAUUCUAAAACAAAUUUCUUUGUAAUCUAUAAAAAUCAAUUUUUCUAAAGCAAUAUAAAAUAAAAUAGCAAUCGUACAGUAUUUCUACAAUAUAUGACCUUUCUUUAUGAAGAGCAAGCGACAGAACUAAUAGUACAUGCAAAUUUUUCAGUUUUGAAAUUUUGGCACUUGUGAUGAAAAAUAAAAUUUAUUUUGAUUUCAUAUACAAAUAGCUACAGAAGACACUAUAAGAUUUCUUAUUAUACCAAAUUUUGCUGAAAUGGUGAUUUUUUAAGAAAAAAAAUCAAAAUCUCCCGAACUUGAAAAAUGUUGCCUCGAAAAAUUUUUUCUUUUCACUGUAAAUUGUGAGGCGCUGUGCAAAAAUUUCAAAUUCUAGUUAAAAAUUUUUUUCUGUUGGGAAAAUCAAUUUAAGGUAAAAAGCAUCUUUUUAAAUAAAAAAAUUAUUUCUCCAUAGUUAUAGAGGGCUUUUACCUAGAAAAUAAAGAACGCAAAUAGUAACAAAAAAUAUUUUAUGAAAUUCCAAAAAAAAUUACGUGUUGAGCCUAUAUAGAGAAUUAACUAAUUAAGCUAACUUACAAGAAAAUUACUAUUGCACCUGAUUCAAAAAUAAAUUGAUACUGCCAUUUUUAAACAAAAAAUAAUUUUUUAAAGCAUUGACAUUGAAAUGUAAUUUCUAUGAAAUUAUUGUGCAUUUUUAGUAUCGUCCUUAAAAAGAGACGCUUUGCAUUUAAUGGAUUAACAUAGUGUUUCUCAGCACACACGGCAUAUAAAUGCUUGUUAAAAAGUCACCUGAUGUUGGGAAUAAGCACUGAUAUCUAUUUGGUUUUUAUAAUAUACGCCUCAUUACGAUUUUAAAGACAAGAGAGUUAAAUAAAUUGAAAACUGCCCUGCUUGUUACUGUUUACUAAAUACUAGGAUGAUGAAAGAAAGUAAAUUUAAAAAAUAUUUCAUAAUUUUUAUAGCAGCACUUUUCUUUUUGACUUUUAGCAUUAACACAAUUUUUAAUGAUGCACUUUUUUAGUAUCUAUAUUUAUUCAUCAUAGAUUCAUUAAAUUAAAAAAAAACAUUCAAGGAAAGCCCGCCUUUUUCGAGCACAUUAGAUGCUUAAGUAUAUAUUUUUAACACAGAUAAUUUUUUGUUGCUAUUGAUGCACUUGUUAU